AGUUCUACUGAUGUUGAUCCCCCUGUCCACCCGCAGCACGAUGAUGAUGGGAAGAAGGCCCUGAGCCAGCUGUUGAGAUUCCUUCUUUUCCUUGAUGAUUUGAACCUCCCGCGGAAGGAUCUCCAUGUUGAUGUUGAGAAUGUUGUUGAUCUUUUUCUUUUGUGUGAGAAGAAUCCCCUUGUGUAUUCCCUUUUGAACCAGCGCGUGUGUCCCAAGCAUCCCCAUUCAGAUUCCACUGUUGAUACACCCGUUCCAAAGAAAGAGGUUAGCAAUGAGAAGAUAGCUGCUGCAGAUUCUACCUCAUAUACCUUAACAGAUCUCACAACGCCUACUACCAGAAUGCCUUGCUGAACCAUUAUGCCAAUGCCAAUGCCUGGGACCCCCGGUGGCCCGUUCUUCGAUGCAUCUGAUCUGUCAAUGUCGAAUGCCCCUGCCGGUUCUGCAUCUAGAUCAAUGUCGAAUGUGCCUUCCUGUCCUGUGUCGAAUCCGUUUGUGAUGGAUGCAAAUGCCAUUCCUGUGAUUCCUGCCAUCCCUGCAAUUCCUGCUGUCCCAUCACUGAUUCCUGCCGUCCCUGUGAUUCCCGCGGUGUUGAAUGCGAAUACUGUUCCUGCUUGCAAUGUUGAUAAUGAGCAGCGCGUGGAUAAUAGUGUUCUAGAGAAGCUGGUUGGCCAGAUGGAUUCUUUAUCUCUUGCAGUUGCCGGAAUUCAGAGACAGAAGACACAAUCUAUGGCUGCCCUGAAGAUUCCUCCCACCCGUGGACCCGUUGAUCAUUCUCAUCCUAUUGAUAUGCCGAAAUGUUUCAUUCCAUGGUUUUCAGCAUGAUCCUGGUUUUGAUCGAUCGAAUUGCUGGGGUUGUGGAGACUCCAGCCAUAAUGUUCCACUCUGUUCAAAGAUCAACCGGCUCCUUGACCAGGGGAAGAUUUAUAGGGAUAUCCAUGGGAAAUACUAUGUGGGUAAUGUUGUCAAUCGCGGCCCAAGGAUUCCUCUCAAUCGAUAUGAACCAUAUAUAUUGCCUCUAUCGAACGAGCCCUCAGCCGGCAUGCUGCACAGGAUCCCCCUGUCUCUGCUGUCCCUGUCUGCACCAUUCCUCCCCGCGUCCCACUGCUGUCCCUUUCAGCUGGAGAUGAGGGUGAUCAACAAUUGGAGGAUCUUCGUGGUUGAUGAUGUGGGAUGACGUUGACUGUGAUGUUGGAUGUUGAAUAUGGUGUGGGAUGGCAUUGAAUGUGGGAUGUUGAAUGCGAUGUGGAGGACAUGAUGUAGAGUUGCGAAAUGGAUGGAACAGAUAUUACCGCGUGGUAGAUGGCUCACAGCCAAUGAGGAUUUCCCGGCCCAGGGCCAUCACAUGAUUCAACCAAUCAUGAGUGCCCAUGUCAGCAGCACCUUCCGCAAUUACCGCCUACUGCCAUCUGUCUGUCUCUAUUUUUGGUUUUUCAUGUUCCCGCUGCUCCGUGAAUCUGUCGUUGUUCUCUUUCCUUUUCUGCCAUUCUUUUUCGUUUUUCUUUGUUCUCCUAUUGGUUGUCUUUCCUUUUCUUUGAUUCUUGAUCCGCUCAUUGAUUCCCCGUCUGUAUUUUUCCUAUUUUCUAUUGGUUCUGGGUUGCAAUCUUUCUUAUGUUGCUGAUCUUGUAGCGAAGCCCGGCGAAAAGUUGUUCCACUUCAAGACUACACACUUAAAUUCAUCAAAGAUGAUUAGAUAGCUUACAGACUAUGCAGAUGUUGUUUUUUUUAAAAUUAGUUAUUACAGAACGAUCAAAUUAAUGAUUUACAGAGAAGAAUGAUGAUAAUGAUGAAAAUAUUUAAUUCUACUAUAUUGCAGUUCAUCUGUAGAAUUGCUGUUUUCUAAUGUGAUCUAACUCUGCAAUAAUUAGCACACCAAGGCUUGUGUGCUACAAAAACAUUUUAUAUAUUGUUUCGGGUAUACUG